AUGGAGGUCGGAAUAAUUGGAUCAGGGGUAAUUGGCCUCCUCUCAGCCCUGACCUUGGUCGAUGCCGGAUACAAAGUGACCAUUGUUGCACGCGACCUGCCUGGUGAUGAGAAUCAAGAUUGGGCAAGCCCAUGGGCUGGAGCGGGGAUCUUGCCCAGCCCUGACGUCGGUGGUGAAUCGCUUCAAACGGAGAGUUUCAAAUAUUUCUGGGCUUUGGCACACAGGGACCCAACAAGUGGUGUCCAAGUGAUAAAGACAACGGAAUACUAUGACGAUAGAGACGACGACUCGACCAUCUGGUACAAGCAUAUUGUGCCGCGGUAUCGCAAGAUCCCCCCGAGCAAAUUACUCGAUGGCGCCCAGCUUGGCAUUGAAUAUACUUCCAUGUCAAUCAAUCCAACUGCAUUUCUGCCAUGGAUCAAGAAAGAGCUCGAAGCUAAAGGCGUAGUUUUUAUUCGCAAAACACUUACUUCGAUAGAUGAGGCAAAAGGCAUCACCAGGGCUCAGAUCAUUGUGCAUGCCUCCGGCCUUGGGGCUUUCCAACUUGCCAACGAUAAAGCGGUCGAGGCAGUUCGAGGACAAACCAUGCUCGUUGACACGGAUUUUGACGAGCUUCAAAUGAACCAAGGCUCUCACUUCACAUAUGUCAUUCCCCGAAUGUUUACCCAAGGCGCCAUCAUUGGCGGUGUGUCACAGCCCGGAGCUCAAGGUCGCGAAGUGGAUGUGAGGCUGCGGUCUGAUAUUCUGAAUCGUGUGAGAAAGCUUACGAAAGGCAAGCUGGAUCAGGUCUCCCUGGAAAAGGAUCUGCAGAGGGAUAUUGUUGCCUUCAGGCCCGGGCGGAAGGGAGGAUAUCGCCUUGAAGUGGAAGGAAACACGGUGCAUGCAUAUGGAUUCGGUGGUCUGGGCUAUACCCUCAGUUAUGGAGUCGCGGGCAAGGUUCGCGAGCUCGUGGACUCGGUGGCUAAAAGGCAGCCAAGAAGCCGUCUCUAA